AUGAGCGCAGAUUGUUCAGUGGGUGUGAAUCCCCUAGGAAGUUUGAACAAGCAUGCUCAAGCGGAUCGAAGCCUUCAACAGGGGGCGAGUUUUAGAUACUCCAAUGAAGCGGCAGGACCAGCAUUCAAAUCGCAUGAUGGAGCUGUGAGUGAGUUAAAUAGGGCUAGAAUGGACGCUUUCAAGCAAGGGGAAUGUCCAGGAGAGCAUCAGGCCCGCGCGGUUCCUGCGAGCACGUUCAUACCGAUGGUACAUCAACAAAAUUCAGAAAAUGCUUGGAGCCGUCAGUUUACGAGCUCCCCAGAGCUUGCUCAUGGUAAUUUGAAAGGUAGAGGCGGGUGGGCAGCGGAGAUGAAAGCGGAGUCUCCUCAGGUGCAGGGCCAGGCUCCAAAUUUGAGCUCAGAUUACAGGGGCCCAAACGGGAUUGUAAGCCCAGAGCAACGAUUCCAAGGAUUCCAGCCACGCAUGAUGUCACACUAUCGCCACAACUUGUCAGCAGCAUUGCCCAUGGGGGCUCUAGGAGCGCAGGCGCCCACUCAAUAUCAACACCAGCGACACGGCAACAUGGAGAUGACUGAGCAACAUUGGGAUGAGCAAUUUCUGCAACUUGAACGUGAAGUUUCGCAGAAUUUGAAUAUAGAAAGUGAUCAUAUCAGAGAAAAUGUUGCAGGAGAACGCGAAGGUGUCGCAACGAAUCCCGAAGAGGUUACAGUGGAUGACAACUACCAAGCCGAGUUUCAAGAAGUUUGGGACAGUUUGCGAGAAGACGUGACUGAUAUGGAAGUCCAAAGUGUUACUGAAUGGGAACGAGACUACCAGCGCUAUGCGUCGGGCAGAUCCGCGCGCGCCGAAGACUACAAAUUCGAAUCUGAAAAUCAGUUUUUGCAUAAUCCAAACGCUUACGAAAUUGGUUGUAUUUUGAUGGAAAACGGAGCAAAGCUUUCCGAAGCUGCUCUGGCUUUUGAAGCGGCAGUACAGGAGGACCCAGAGCACCUUGAAGCAUGGCUCAAACUUGGCCUAGUGCAGACUCAGAAUGAAAAGGAAACAAACGGUAUAAGCGCGCUGGAGCAGUGCUUGAAAUUGGACCCUACGAACUUGCGGGGCAUGAUGACGCUUGCAAUCAGCCAUAUUAACGAGGGUUACGAUGUCAGCGCAUUUUCUAUGCUCAGCAAGUGGUUACACACAAAAUAUCCGGAUUUGGUGCCCAGCGAAAGUGCUGCCGAGAACACUGAUCGCUAUCAGCUCAACAAAGCUGUCAGAACAGAGUUUUUGCAGGUCGUGAAUGCGCUUCCGGAUGUCGAUGCGGACUUGCAGCUGGGGCUCGGAAUUCUUUUCUACGCGAACGACGAUUUCGAUAAAACCAUAGACUGUUUCCGGGCAGCCCUUUCGAUUAGACCUGACGACGAAUUGAUGUGGAACCGGUUAGGUGCCUCUUUGGCUAAUUCCAACCGUUCCGAAGAGGCCAUUCAGGCUUACCACCGCGCCCUUCAGCUCAAGCCCACUUUUGUUCGUGCUCGCUGCAACUUGGCCGUCUCUUCCAUGAACAUGGGCUGUUAUAAAGAAGCUGCAGAACAUCUUCUUACUGCGCUCUCGAUGCAUGAAGUCGAGGGCGUUCCACUACAACAAGUUGGUUUCAGUACCACCAUAAUCGAGACCCUGAAGAGAGCUUUUAUUGCAAUGGAAAGAAGAGAUUUACUCGAACAAGUAGGUCCCUCUAUGAAUUUGGAAAACUUUAGAAAAGAGUUCAAUUUUUGA